AUGCUGCGAGCUCAGGUCUCGCACCCAUACCCGGUGCCAGCUAUGGCCGCCGCAAUCCCAAAAUCCGCCCCUCCACCGCGACUCGUCCCCGCCCUCGUCUUCGGCGCAGCUGGCUCGUUAGUAGUCUACUACGUCCAGCGCCAGCUGCGCCGCACAUCCGGAGACUUUGACCGCGCCUUUGCACAGUACAACACGCCCGAGAGCGAAGCGUCACGGGCGCGGGCAUUUGCUGGCGCCGUCGAGGAUCCUCGGACGAGUUUCUUCAAUGCGCUCGGAUGGCGGCGCUGA